CCAUAACACGGCUGUCCGAGUUCAAAUAUACUCGGUCACUCCGAGACCACUUUGACAGCCUUCUUGCACACUCCUUUGCGCGACUACACACACCGCAACCAUGGUCCACUUGACAGCAUCACUCGUUUUCCUCCUCGGCGCCCUCCAAUCUGUGAGCGGCAGUGCAAUCGCUGAUCCUAACUACGGCAACAAGGGUGGUGUCUGCAAGUCGUCUCAGUACUCUAAGUAUGCUGAGCUGGCCUACUAUGAGCCAGCGAAGCAAUACUGCAAGAAGCAAUACCCUGCAACGGUCACCGUAACUGCCAAAGGCUAUGGUCAUCGCCAACCAAGGACUGCACUCCCAGAGCCGGGUUACGAGAAACCGGCUGGGUACCCGGCGAAGCCAACCAAAUGUAACAAGGGCCGCAGGGAAUGCCUCUUGUCUUCUGUCAAGAAUGGACCAAAGACUGCUGCGAAGACUGUGUGCUCUUGCUACGUGCCACAGAAGACGGUGACAAAGACUGUGUACCCACCGAAAUACUAUACAAAGACGACGACGAAGUGCACUACUCCAAGCACUACAAAAUCGACAACUAGGAGCACUACUAAGUCCACAACUACCAAAUCGGAGACUACCACUACUGAGACAACUACCUCGACCACUACGCCAGUGACCACGUCGAGCACAACGAUAUCGGAUACCACGAGCACUACCUCAGACAGCACGACUACCAGCGAUAGCACGACUACCAACGGAAGCACGACUAGCGACAGCACGACUAGCACUCAAACUUCAACGAGUACUUCUGAAAGCACGACUAGCAGCACAACUAGCAGCGAUACUACAACUUCGACAACUACUUCGGACAGCACGACAACAACAUCCACUACGUCUACCACCGAUACUACAACAACUACCUCGGACAGCACAACAACAACAUCCACCACGACUACAACUGAACCUACUACUACAACAACGACUACAACUCCACCUACUACCACAACAACCUCCACAACGACUACUACCACUUCCACCACUACUGUAAGCUCUCCCCCACUGCCCACGUAGCACAGCACAUGCUUCUCGUCCUCUCAUCUAUAAAUGCCUCGGGGAAUUCGAUCACUCCCGGAAAGUCCGGCCUCGCUCUCGUGAACCCAGCUAACGAUCCCAUCGACCACCACCCAACCCCCCAUCGGGACUUGCGGAGCUCGCGGACAAUUCGCCGCCCCAACCAAACUCCGCACCAGAAACGAAGGUUCUGUGCAAGCUUGCCAGAACUGGUGCAUUGAAGUUCCAGAUUGCGAGAACGUUCUCGUGCUUCCCAGAGAUGAUCUCGACGCAUUUGGACCCAACGAAUGUACUCAGGUUGCUGGAGAAGUUCAGAGAGUCGGUCCUGGUUCGCACCGUGUCUUCGCACGGCAGUGCUAGACUGUCUGGACAACCCAAGUCUUUGUGGGAUCAACUGGUGAUGGCAGGGACGGAGGAGGAGAUUGUUAACGACGAGUAUAUAGCUGUAACAUGGAAAUGAUUUGCAACAUACGACACUGGAUAUGCUUCAAACACUCACAAAAUAUUAUACAAAAAGCACACAUGCUAAUCUUCU